CAAGUCUGUUGUUUGGUUCCAUGCGCCGCGCCGGAGGGAAAUUCAUUUCCCGACUUGAUUACACGGUGCGGAACGGCAACCGAUCUCUCACUCUCACUCUUACUACGGACACCGGACUGGUGUACUCUGGUGACACCGUCGCGUCACGUCGCGUCGCGCCGGUGCGACACGCGCAUGAGUGUCGCUUUCUCUCUGCCCUUGUUUUGCCCUCGUCGAAACGAAUUCGCUUACAUAAUUCAUGUUGUAACUUGGUUGAUUAACCGACCGAUGUAAAACUCCGACGACGACACGCGAGCACAAGAGGAGCACGUGAAUCCUAACUGUUUAGAUAAAUUAAUUGUUUCUUACCGACACCCGGCGAGACGUAUCGACGAACGAUGCUGAAAAAACAAGGAUGAGUCAGUGUGAGCCUAGACCGUACAUUCAACGCGCACUGCUACUGUCUCUUCCAUCUGCCGCUUUUCGCGGAUUUUAAUCCAUCUUUCGUAAAUUGUGUGGCCAAAAUAUUUAUGGAGAGACAACCCUCCUUCUUCUUAAGGAACAAAACAUCGUGACAUUUUAAGGCAUACGAAUGUCGAAAACGAGCAUCGACUUUUGAUAAACCGGAGAUUCAUAAAUGCUGCUGGAGGACAUCACAGGAAUCAACUGGAAUCUCUUGUCAUCUCUUACCGAGCCUGUUCGCAGAGAAACAGAAGGAGAGAAAAUAUUUCAUAAGCGUAAAACUUAGUCACAAAACACCGGUGCGGCCUGAAAACCUUAUCGAUAACGAUAAAACGAAAAGUAUUUGUUUCGUUCUUCUAGGAGAAAUAAGUAUUUAAACACUAGCUAAAUCCGUAGUUAAAUCCAAGUCUUCGUCAGCGUCAUACAUACAGCGUCUCAUACGCUCAUACGCUCAUCGGGAGAAAAUCGUGAAUUGGAGACGAGGAGAGCCAGCCAGACAGCCAGCAAGAUGCAAUCUAUACGUGCUCAUCGAGCGUUGGGCCAACAUAAGACCGCGCUGCAAAUAUGGAAAAUCGCCGCAAACAGCUUCAGCACAGAUGUGGAAUUCAGACCGAUCAGGAGUGUCCUCGUCGCCAAUCGAGGGGAGAUCGCCGUUCGUGUGUUCCGCGCCUGCACGGAGCUCGGCAUCCGCUCGGUGGCGAUUUACUCGGAGCAGGAUAAGAUGCAGAUGCACCGUCAGAAAGCAGACGAGGGCUACCUGGUAGGUAGAGGGCUACCUCCGGUGCAGGCUUAUCUGAACAUUCCCGAAAUUAUUCAAGUCGCCAAGGAGAAUGACGUCGACGCCAUACAUCCUGGCUACGGUUUCCUCUCGGAGAGAUCGGACUUUGCGCAAGCGGUGACUGAUGCUGGCAUCAGGUUCAUCGGACCUAGUCCUAAGGUUGUCCAGCAAAUGGGGGACAAGGUAGCUGCCAGACAAGCUGCGAUUGCUGCCGGAGUGCCUAUUGUACCGGGAACGGACGGUCCAGUGACAACUUCGGACGAAGCAAUGGAAUUCUGCAUGAAGCAUGGCUUGCCGGUUAUCUUCAAGGCCGCUUACGGAGGAGGCGGACGAGGUAUGAGAGUCGUAAGACAGAUGGAAGAAGUACGCGAGAUGUUCGAUCGCGCGUCUUCCGAGGCUGCGGCUGCCUUCGGAAAUGGCGCGAUGUUUAUCGAGAAAUUCAUCGAGAGACCACGUCACAUCGAGGUGCAAUUACUCGGCGACCAUGCCGGCAAUGUCGUGCAUUUGUACGAACGCGAUUGUUCCGUCCAACGUCGUCAUCAAAAGGUCGUCGAGAUCGCGCCAGCGCCAGCGUUGUCGGCCAAAGUCCGUGAAAAAAUGACCGAGCACGCUGUCAAAUUGGCAAGACACGUCGGUUAUUCGAACGCCGGCACCGUAGAGUUCCUGGUCGACGAAACCGGAAAUUUCUACUUUAUCGAGGUCAACGCCAGGUUACAGGUCGAGCACACAGUAACCGAGGAGAUAACUGGGAUCGAUCUCGUGCAAUCCCAAAUUCGGAUCGCCGAGGGCAUGACAUUGCCGGAGCUCGGUAUGACGCAGGAAAAGAUCAUACCUCAAGGAUUCGCGAUACAAUGUCGUGUGACCACGGAGGAUCCAGCCAAAAACUUCCAGCCGGAUACCGGGAGGAUAGAAGUCUUCCGUUCCGGCGAAGGCAUGGGCAUCCGAUUGGACGGAGCCUCGGCAUUCGCCGGUGCUAUAAUUUCGCCGUAUUACGACUCACUUCUCGUCAAGGUGAUCGCUCACGCCGGCGAUCUCCAGUCUUCCUGCGCCAAGAUGAACCGCGUUCUUCGUGAAUUCCGUGUGCGCGGGGUGAAAACGAAUAUACCUUUCCUGCUGAAUGUCCUGGAGAAUCAAAAGUUCCUCAACGGUAUCGUCGAUACGUACUUCAUCGACGAGAAUCCUCAGCUUUUCCAGUUCCAUCCGAGUCAAAAUCGCGCACAGAAGCUGCUCAAUUACAUCGGCACGGUCCUGGUGAACGGCCCCAGUACGCCAUUAGCGACUCAGCUGAAACCGGCGGAUAUCAAGCCGCAUAUUCCACAAAUUGCACUAGACUUUGCUAAGCUUGCAGCAGCGGAAGAGACCAAUGAUCCUGACGCACCAGAUAUCCUGGAUCCUCCGAAAGGAUUCCGUCAUAUCUACAAAGAACAAGGACCAGAAGCUUUCGCCAAGGCCAUUAGACAGCACAAAGGUCUCUUACUAAUGGACACUACGUUCCGCGAUGCUCAUCAGUCCCUUCUAGCGACUCGUGUACGUUCGCACGACCUGCUGAUGAUCUCUCCGUUCGUCGCGCACAAAUUCAGCAACCUCUACUCGCUGGAGAACUGGGGUGGCGCGACCUUUGACGUGGCUCUAAGGUUCCUUCACGAGUGCCCUUGGGAACGUUUGGAAGAUAUGCGCAAAGCCAUCCCUAACAUUCCAUUCCAAAUGCUUCUGAGAGGCGCUAACGCUGUCGGAUAUACCAACUAUCCCGACAACGUCGUCUUCAAGUUCUGCGAACUGGCUGUGAGGACAGGCAUGGAUAUAUUCAGAGUAUUCGACUCGCUCAAUUACCUACCAAAUCUCAUAAUCGGUAUGGAGGCGGCUGGAGAAGCUGGAGGUAUCGUCGAGGCAGCGAUUUCCUACACAGGCGAUGUAAGCGACCCAUCGCGCACCAAGUACAAUCUAAAGUACUACACCGAUCUGGCGGACGAGCUGGUCAAAGCGGGCACGCACGUCUUGGCGAUCAAGGACAUGGCUGGAUUGCUGAAACCUAAAGCAGCCGGAAUACUGAUCGAUGCCAUCAGGCAGAAGCAUCCGGACGUGCCGCUUCAUAUACACACGCACGACACCGCUGGGGCUGGGGUGGCGUCCAUGUUAGCCUGUGCCAGAAGCGGCGCCGAUGUUGUCGAUGUUGCCGUUGACAGCAUGUCCGGCAUGACCAGCCAGCCAUCUAUGGGCGCAGUCGUUGCUUCUCUACAGGGGACCGACAUUGAUACAAAGCUGAAUCUGCCCGAUGUCUCCGAGUACUCCGCAUACUGGGAACAAACGAGAACGCUCUACGCGCCCUUCGAGUGCACAACGACGAUGAGAUCCGGAAACGCAGACGUCUAUCUCAACGAGAUUCCUGGCGGUCAAUACACCAACUUACAAUUCCAAGCUUACUCCCUCGGUCUGGGCGAAUUCUUCGAGGACGUGAAGAAGGCGUACAGGCACGCUAAUCUCUUGCUCGGUGAUAUCAUCAAGGUCACGCCGAGUUCCAAAGUCGUCGGCGACCUGGCGCAAUUCAUGGUCCAGAACAAGCUGACCGCCGAGGAUGUUCAGAACAAAGCCGAGGAAUUGUCUUUCCCCAAGUCGGUAGUCGAGUUUCUUCAGGGUGCUAUCGGUGAGCCCCACGGAGGGUUCCCCGAGCCGCUCAGGUCGAAGGUCCUCAAAGAUAUGCCGCGCGUGCAGGGCAGACCAGGUGCGAGUCUGGCGCCGUUGGAUUUUGUCGCCUUGAAGAAAGAGUUGCAAGAAUCUCAUCCGCACAUGAGCGAGAAGGACGUUAUGUCGGCUGCACUUUACCCGAAAGUAACGAAAGACUACUUGAGUUUCAAGGAACAAUUCGGCCCGGUGGACAAACUGGAGACCAGAAUUUUCCUCACAGGAGCCAAAGUAGGUGAGGUAUUCGACGUUACGAUCGAGAGGGGCAAAACUCUGGGUAUUAAAACCCUGGCUGUCGCUGAGGACCUCACGAAAAAUGGCGAACGCGAGGUGUUCUUCGAGAUGAACGGUCAACUGCGAUCGGUAUUCAUCAAGGAUAAAGAAGCUGUCAAGGAACUUCACGUGCAUCCCAAAGCGACGAAAAGCGACAAGAACCAGUUGGGUGCGCCGAUGCCCGGCGAAGUAAUCGACAUCAGAGUGAAAGUGGGUGAUACCGUAGAGAAAGGUGCGCCUUUGGUUGUGCUAUCUGCCAUGAAAAUGGAGAUGGUUGUACAGGCACCUAGAGCAGGAAAAAUCAAGAGUCUUGACAUCAAGCUAGGCAUGAGACUGGAAGGAGAGGAUCUCGUUCUGACAUUCGAAUAGGCUGUCUUUCUCUCUCUCUCUCCCUCUCCCUCCCUCCCUCUCUCUCUCUCCCUCUCCCUCCCUCUCUCUCUCUCUCUCUCUCUCUCUCUCUCUUUCUCUCAAGAGAGAGAGAGAGAGAGAGCCUAUAACGAGACCGGCCGUCUCUGGAAGAAGAAAUUUGCAACUGCACUCGAACACACGAGAUAUAUUUAUUGCGGACACUGUCUGUACCUCGCGCAGUGAUGCGUGUGUACAUGUGCAUGUGUCGUGACAGGUGAUGACAGGUCAAGAUUUUCAGAAAUCUCCACCGUACGAAAACUUAAAUCAAUAUCUUUGAUCUAGCGAUCAAUGCGAUCAAUGCGAUCAAUGUCCUACAGUCGCGAUCGAAACUGCCUGAAGAAUUAAUGCUGAAUAUAUGACCUAACGAUGACUUGAGCAAAGAAUUUGACGAUAAAUCGUUGCAACAUUCUCGAUACAACAGCUUUCGAAAAAGGUUUUGGUACGAUCAAUUGGUGAAUUGCAUUUUUGCCAGAUAAAUUCGCAUCUAAAUACAAUCGUACGAGACAUACGUUGUUCUCCGUUUUUACGUUCUAAGAUAUAUUACAGUGUAAAUAACACAACUGUCCCGUAGAGAUAAUACAGAGGAAUGCAAUUUACUCGAUUUACCUGAAUAAAAAAUCGAUGUGCCCCCUAGAGGGGGAGAAAGAGAGAGGGAGAGGGAGAGGGAGAGAGAGAGGGAGAGGGGGA